AGAUACACCAAAAUGAAAACAGCUACCAAUAUCUACAUCUUUAACCUGGCCCUGGCUGAUGCUUUGGCCACCAGUACAUUGCCUUUCCAGAGUGCAAAGUAUCUGAUGGAGACCUGGCCUUUUGGGGAGCUCCUCUGCAAGGCUGUUCUCUCCAUCGACUACUACAACAUGUUCACGAGCAUCUUUACGCUCACCAUGAUGAGUGUGGAUCGGUACAUAGCUGUCUGCCAUCCAGUUAAAGCCCUAGAUUUCCGAACUCCGGCAAAAGCAAAACUAAUCAACAUUUGCAUCUGGCUUCUUUCCUCUGCCAUUGGAGUGCCAAUCAUGAUCAUGGCAGUCACCAGAUCUCACGAUGACAUGGUGAUGUGUCUCCUCCAGUUUCCAGAACCUCAGAUUUACUGGGAUACAGUGACCAAGAUCUGUGUUUUCAUCUUUGCCUUCUUGAUCCCCAUCUUGGUCAUCACCAUCUGCUAUGGGCUGAUGAUUCUCCGCCUGAAGAGUGUCCGCCUCCUCUCGGGCUCCAAGGAGAAAGACCGCAACCUGCGCCGUAUCACACACAUGGUGCUGGUGGUGGUGGCCGCUUUCAUCAUCUGUUGGACACCCAUCCAUAUUUUUUUCAUUGUUUGGACCCUGGUGGGCAUUGACAAGAAGAAUCCCUAUGUGGUGGCCAGCCUUCAUUUCUGCAUUGCCUUGGGGUACACCAACAGCAGCCUCAAUCCAAUACUCUAUGCUUUCCUGGAUGAAAAUUUCAAGAGGUGUUUCCGAGAAUUCUGCCUCCCGUUUCAGUCCAAGAUGGACCAUAACAGCUUCAGCAGGGCCCGUAAUACCACCCGAGAACGUAUCUCUACAUGCACACCUUCAGAAGUCCUCAAUAAGUCAGCCUGACUGGACACUGACAGCCCCCAAAAGAGCCUCUUGAGGAUGCAAUGAAGAUUGAUCGUUUAUUUAUUUCAUGUAUAUACCACCCCAUGAGUACAAUGCACUAUUCUGGGCGGCUGACUAAAAUCAGCAACAAAUAAUAAAAGAUGAAGAAGUAAAAUAAACAUUUUAUGACCUACAUUCAGAAAUAGCCCAGCUCACCAUGAAGAAUUUUAUGAGGGCCCAUAGGAAGAGGCAUGUGAAAGAAAAGCCUGAUCACAAAUAUUUUGUUCUUCUUAAGAGUGUGAAUGCCAGAAUGAUAGGAGAUUCCUACAGGCUUUCAAGAGAAAACUGGGCAAUCAGCUC